CGGAUAGGCGGGAGCUAGACAGCCUGCGGUGGCGCGUUGGGCGGAGAGACCUGUAAUUAUCUUCUUAUGCAGCGAUCAAAACAACUGGGAACUGGGACUUCAGUGAGUUUAAAACAAGAUCUUUGACUUGGUAUUUUUAGAGAUCCCAGUUGUUUUGAACGUAUGUCUAUAAUUAUUGAGUAGACGCAGGUCUAGCAUCCGCGUAUCCAACUGAAAUCCAUAAAGCAGAAAUGCUAAACUGACCUUAGAUCAGGCAUUCUACUCGGAUUCACACAUCGAAACCGAAACAAGGUAAAUGCGUUUGGUUGUUAUAUGGUCAAUGGCAGUCGACAUAUAGUACAUCUCGCUCUGAGUUGAAAUUAGUGUUGUUUAAAAUGAAACGGAGCACUCUCGUCCGUGUGCCAGAACGAACGCUCAACACCGGUUAAAUAUGACCGGUGUCAGUCAACGUCGGCAAAAAAAUUUUUUGCCAGCAGCACAGGUGAUGAACCUCUCAGAGGAGAACAGGACAGUCGUGGUCUCUGGUGUACCAGACACACUGUCCAGCAGCCGCAUGGCAGACAAACUGGUUAUUCACUUCCAGAGCUCCAGAAGCCACGGAGGAGAUGUAGAAAACAUCAAGUACCCGACCAGCUUCAAGGGGGUGGCUUUUGUUACAUUUGAAAACACCAGAGAUGCUGAGAUGGUAAUCAGAAAGAAGCAGAUAAUGUGUGACAAGGAGUUCCCUCAAGACUACCCUAUCACUGUAUUCAGAUUCACCCAAGACGUGUUGUUCUACGUGAACGCUAAAGUGGACCUGUCAAUCUGCGGUGACGAGGAACAGCAGGAGACCCUGAUCCAAAGCUUGCAGUCUGCUCACAGAUCAGUGAGGAUCUGCCUUCUACCCAACCAGGAGGGUAAAGCUUCAGUGGAGGGACCCUUCUCUGCCAUCAGGGACCUGAGAGAGGACCUGCUCCAGCGGGCCACUGCCAGCAGCAGCAGUCACCCAGGGGAGAAGCACAGGGCUCCAUCGAGCUCUGGUUACUCCCUGACCUCAGUGGCAGCAGGGAAUGGGGUAUCCCAGGUCAGCAGCAGUCACCCAGGGGAGAAGCACAGGGCUCCAUCGAGCUCUGGUUACUCCCUGGCCUCAGUGGCAGCAGGGAAUGGGGUAUCCCAGGUCAGCAGCAGUCACCCAGGGGAGAAGCACGGGGCUCCAUUGAGCUCUGGUUACUCCCUGGCCUCAGUGGCAGCAGGGAAUGGGGUAUCCCAGGUCAGCAGCAGUCACCCAGGGGAGAAGCACGGGGCUCCAUUGAGCUCUGGUUACUCCCUGACCUCAGUGGCAGCAGGGAAUGGGGUAUCCCAGGUCAGCAGCAGUCACCCAGGGGAGAAGCACAGGGCUCCAUCGAGCUCUGGUUACUCCCUGGCCUCAGUGGCAGCAGGGAAUGAGGUAUCCCAGGUCAGCAGCAGUCACCCAGGGGAGAAGCACGGGGCUCCAUUGAGCUCUGGUUACUCCCUGGCCUCAGUGGCAGCAGGGAAUGGGGUAUCCCAGGUCAGCAGCAGUCACCCAGGGGAGAAGCACGGGGCUCCAUUGAGCUCUGGUUACUCCCUGGCCUCAGUGGCAGUAGGGAAUGGGGUAUCCCAGGUCAGCAGCAGUCAUGCCUGGGAAAGGCACAGAGCUCCAUCUCCAUCAAGCCAUGAUCAUUCCCCGAGCUCUGUGGUAGCAGAGAGUAGGUCUUCCAGGGUCAGACCUGGGGAUGGUGCUGAGGUGGACUUCCGGGUCAGCUGUUACACCUGGGAGAAGAAGAACAGGGCAGCUGAUCAUUCUCUGUCAAGCUCUGUGGCAGGAGGGAGUGUGGCUUCUACAAUAAAUCAAUCCUUGGAAAAGCACCGCAGGGCAGCUCCAUCAAGCUCUGAUCAUUCUCUGAGCUCCAUGGCAUCAGGGAGUGGAGAAUCCAAGGUCAUCAGCAGCAGUCACACAUUAGAGAAGUACAUCGCUCCAUCAAGCCAUAAUCAAUCUCUGCCAAGCCCAGUGGCAGCAGGAACUUCCAAGGUCAGCUCAGGUGGUGAUGUUGACAUGGAAGAGGAGUCCACGUGGGUGGACACAAACAUAUUUCUUUACAUUCAGAGAUUUUCUAAAGACCAGUUUGACCAAUGUUUUAGGAACCACGGUGUGUCAGCUGUGUUCGAUGACAAUGAUGUGGCCGACCUGACUCUGAUAUCACUGAGAGGGCGCCGCGACAGCAAGGGUCUCUCUGAAGUCCAACUGACCAUAUCAGAGCUGACUGAUUUGGUUGCUGUGUGGCAGUCAACCCUGAGAAUCCACACUAUAGACUACAGAAGGCAGGACCUGCGUGAGAGAAAGAGGCUGCUGCAAAUCUGUGCCGAGGUGAACAACAUUUAUGAGGACGUUCUGUACGUGCAGAAGGAGCUCAGUGUCCGGGUCAUCGGUCCCUCUAUUUCCAGUCAUCUCUUUACUGAGUGGGUGAAGGAUCGAAGGGAUCAACCGCAUAAAGAGGACUUCAUGUAGUGGUGGUCAGAAUGUGGAUCAUUUUACCAUUCUGCAUUAGCAGCUAGUGCACAAAGAGCUUUUUUUGCGCGGUAUAUAUUGAUAGCACUGUGAGACGUUUUCAAGAGAUUUCUGUGACAACUAAAUAGAAUUGAGUUAGUGUUAUUUGCUGUGUCUCAACAAGGAUGCUGUUUCGUGUCAAGCUAGCCAUGAGGGCAUAACUAGAUAAUAGACUAGAAACUACAUGUUAAUGAGUCAACACUAGAGGGUGCUGUUGUACCGAAUAUACACAAUUUGUUCCAUUAAAUCAAUUAUUUCUGUGUGUCCUGACUGUCAA